CAGCCAUAAAGUUUCUGGGGGGAAAGGGAGUGUUUGAACCAGUAUGGUGAGUAGCUAAAAUGUUUUGCUUGCUUGAUAUCUUGCUUCAUCCUAAAGGGUCUGGGAAGGUUACACAAUAUUUAAUGUUUCAAAACUUUUUUUAAAAGAAAAAACUAAAAGAAAUUGAAAUUUCCUUUUAAAGAAGGCACACGUCCAAGCUAGCUAUUGCCCUCUAGGGCAAUUGACCUUUGCAGCAGAGUUCAUUCUGAAAGGUAGUGCGGGAGUUGGCUCCCUGCUCCGGGCUGUGGAGUAACCCACAAGUGUGGGAUGCAGUUCCACUAAACGUGUCUUGUUUACUGUGGGUUUCAAACAGGCCUUAAAGACCCACCUCUGUACCAUAGCCUUAGUAACUAGUUUGAUCUGAGAUUCAGAACUCUCCAAUUUUUGCCUGAUUUUGAUCAUUUUAAUGCUGGAUUUGUGUUGGUCCUCUUGGCUUCCAAUAACAUCUGGAAAUAGUGUUUUGAAUGUAUUAAUUCAUUUGUUGGUGUUUUAUAUGGUCUUGAAUUGUAUUUUAUUGUACACUUGAUAUGCAGUUAAUAACACGCUCUGUAAUUAAUUUUAUUUUUCUUGAAAAACAAAAUCCAAGUUUAUUAAAUACUACCAAUAAAAAUAGCCAAAACCCUCACUGGUGUUCUUCCUGGGAGGGCGGGGUGUGUGUGAUCUCCCAGAAGUCAGCACUGGCCCUCCCAUUAGGCAGAGUGAGGCAGUGCCUUUGGAGUGUUAUGUAAGGGCAGCCAAUGGUUAGUUAUUUAAUUUAUUAUUGUGGAUUUUGUACUCUCAGGGAAAGGCACUUGCAUGCCUAGGCGUCCCCUGCCCAACGGACCGUCUAAAUAAUGAGACAUGGCAAGUUCAAAUUUGGGCUAGGCCACAACUUUUCUUAUAUAUAUAAAAAUUUUAUUAGUUUUACAUAAUACAGCAAAAAUAACCAUUCCAAAAAAUAAAAAGAGGUUCUUUCGAACCUUCAGACCUCCUUCCUUCCCUCCAUGACUUCCAUUUCUAAAAGUUAUUCCUGCAUCUUUUACUGUAAUCCAUCUAUUAUGUAAUCAUGGUAACCGAAGUUCAAGUUACUUUACAAGUGUCAUUGUGUUCCUGCCAAUGAUUUCAACUGUUUACAGUGGUCUUUCAAAUAUAUUAAAAAGUUAUUCCAGUCUUUUAAAAAUACUUGGUCAUCCUGCCAUCAAUCUUGCCAUUUCCCCAUAUUCCAUUAGCUUGGUCUGCCAUUCUUCUCUGGUUGGUACUUCUUCUUUCCAUCUAUGGGCCAGAAGCAUCCUUGCUGCCGUCAUUGCAUACAUAAACAGUCUUUUAUUUUGAUAGACAGCUUUAUUGACUACAGAUGUAAGAGGUUUGGCAUAGGCAUUGAGUAGACCACACUCCUUCCAUCCCGUGUCAGCGAAGCUAAGAUGCUGACAGGAGGUGAAGAAGCAGGCAUAGGGAGAGAACAGUUAGCAGCUGAAGGCAGAGAGGAGAGGGAGAGCAGCUGUAAACUGAGUUUGGAACAAAGGGGAGGAGAAAAACAGGGCCAGAGUGACAGGCAGCUGUGUGAGAGCUCUAAAAGUGAGCCAGAUGUUGGAAUGCAGGAAACAUUCUCUCCCAAAUCUCGUAGGAUCUCAAAAGUGGCCGAGACGCACAAAAGAUAUCCGAAGAGAAGGUGGGGGUUUCCAUGCUGGGGAAGGGGGAGGAGCUCCAUCUUCUGGACGAUGGGUAGAGGAGCUCCGUCCUAGUUUGUUUUAGCAAUAAAUCUGAAAUAAUUAACAGCCACAGUCAUCUUGCGUUUGUGGGAGAGACCAAGCCAUAACAGCCCGCUUGCCGGAAGUACUUAAUAUGAGGCCAGCUGGAAGAGAGGAAGUUCUUGACCUACAUCAAAGAGUAGCUCCCUCUCUGGGUUGCACUUGGGCAGUGCUGUGGUCCUAGGCCCUACCUGGGCAUCCCGACAGAAGCAUCUCCCCUGGAUCCCUUUAAGAGGAUACCCCGUUUUCAGGAGGGGCAGGCAGAGGCUACAACCUCUCCUCUGUCCAAGAUUAUGCCUACCCAAUGCCCAAACUGCCAAAGUUGUGAUGAUUGCUAUGAGGAUGGUGAAAAUCAGAUGGGAGGAGCCAAUUAGCCAUAUGGGAAAAUUCCAGCCUGGUCCCGAAUAUGGUGACCGACAAGGUCCAUAGCAAGGCUGCUCAAUGCAACCCACAUCUGAAAAAUCAAGAGGGCGGAUGUGUGAUCCAGCGACAGUGGCUGCCAAGGCCAGCCAUGGGCCCUCUUUAAAUCCCUUGGGAGCAGGCCCGAACAAAGCCAACAGGGCCAGCCGUGUCCGCCCCCUGGAGUGGCCUGCCCCCAAGCCUGCUCACAAUUGGCCAGUUGUGAAAGCAGGCUGAAUCCACUUCCUGGGUGGCAAGCUCAUUCCAGGGACAUCCUUUGCCACCUGGGAAGUGGGCUAGAAGGCGGAGCCUCCGACAUUGGAAUCACGAUGGGCAGGAGGAGCACCUUCCCACAGCGUAAAGGGGUGAGUGAAUUUGUGGAACUUUCUGCCUCAGGCGUCAAAAUGACUUGGUCAGCCUGGGGUGCUCUGUGCUUUGAAUUGAGAGAGGUAGUAUUUAUUUAUUUAAGAAAAAAUGUUUUCUGCUCGAAUGAAAGAGAAAACUUUAAGCAGCAUGACAUUUGCUGUUCCAUCUGAGGCAGAAAAAUACCCUGGCUCAGCUCUCUGUUCCAUGGUUGGUGACAACAUGAGCCAGACUGUCCUUCACCCUCACUUCUGCAAAUGCAGGGAAUUGGGCAUGGAAACCCCAGUCACACACCCCAUGCCUUGAAGCAACUCUGUGCCUCCGUCUACAUGGGACUGGGAUGAUAAAAGUCCCUGGAGGCAAUUCACAGAGAGUGCUCAGCGGGAGGAGGAUGAAGCUAUUCACUUAGACUUUAAUACCUUGCCUCUUCAAUCCAGUAGGGUCCGCAGAGUGGUUUACAUCACAGGUGAGCAUCACAGACAACAAACGCCAAGACAGGAUAAAAAAACAAACAAACCAGAAAUAAAAAGGGCUGGUAGUUUGUUUAUUUAUUUAUUUUCUAAAAGGACUCAGCUGGCACCAAAUAAUUGACAGCCUUGGCACCAAAAGGAAUCCAAUGGUGGGGGCACAACUAUGAAAAUGUCAGGCUGGCGUCAACCUCUGGCAUCUAUUGGUAGCUCCUCCAUUAAAUUACUUCUUCUGGCCCAGGACUAGAAGCAGUGCUGUGGAUGGGUAAGAUUAGUGAUCAUUUUAAGAUCCCUCAACUCACAUGGGUUUCAGACAGGACUCACUCCCGGUAAUACCUAGAGAUGCCAAGGAUUGAACCAAUGACUUUUUGCAUGCAGAGUAGAUGAGCUUUGGCCCUCCCACUAAAUACAUUGUCCUUAGUGGUUUUUAUUUAAAGCAUAAAGGUAAAGGUAAAGGACCAUUAGGUCCAGCCGUGGACGACUCUGGGGUUGCGGCGCUCAUCUUGCUUUACUGGCCGAGGGAGCUGGCAUACAGCUUCUGGGUCAUGUGGCCAGCAUGACUAACCAGAGCAGCGCACGGAAAUGGCAUUUACCUUCCCACCGGAGCGGUACCUAUUUAUCUACUUGCACUUUGAGGUGCUUUCAAACUGCUAGGUUGGCAGGAGCAGGAACCAAGCAACGGGAGCUCACCCCGUCGCGGGGAUUCGAACCGCUGACCUUCUGAUCGGCAAGCCCUAGGCUGUGUGGUUUAGACCAUAGCGCCACCCGCGUCCCGUUUAAAGCAUAGGAGCCUAUUAAUGCCCUUUUCUGCCUCCUUAAGUUGCCUUUCCCUUAAACAUUUGUUAAACACAUGCAACCCAUUAAAACUCCCUUUAGACACAACAGUCCUAUAUCUACAUGGGCAAACUGUUCACAGCGAUACAAAAUUAUAAAGAGGCAACGGAUGAGGUAACUAUGUCACUUUCCCAUCAGUCUUCCUUACACACAGACACAGGCAAAUAAGUUAAGCAUGGAUGGGAACAUUGCAUGUUGUCAGAUGUCGAAAUUCUGUUAUUGUUUUCUCCUCACAUGGGUGGCAAAAGAAGAAGCUUUUCAGAGCUGGAAUUUAAACACAGCAGACAGUACGAAACCGCAUGAGAAGACUCUUGAUUCUUUCCAUCUGUCCACACAGAAGCCACAUGGCAACGCUAAAAGGUGUUCCAGCCUUGUGGCUUUCGUUGGACGUGAGUAAACAAUGUGUGCCUCUUGAGCCCGAAGGAGGUGGCGCAGGGGUGUGUGCAGAGUGCCCCGCCUACCCCAGGGAAGGGAAGGAUCAAAGGAAGAGGGCUGACCCUUCAAUUAUAAACUAAACUUGAAUUAUCUGUGUACAUUAAACUCAGAUGUUCCUGCAAACACAGUAAGGUCACCCAUCUUUCCUCCCUGUAAGAAACAUCCUGCUCACUAUUGCUGGAGGGUGGAAAUGGAUAAUAAAUUCUUUAGCCAUAUGAACGGAGAUGCCUCUCAGGUAAGUCCAUUAUAAUAAGCGCUUUACUAGUUUCUGAUUUUAAGGCUGACAACUUUUCGACCAGCUUCGAUAUGACUUCAACAAUGGCUUGACCUUUGCAGAAAUUCACAGGCAACAGCCUUUUCCUCUGUCCGGCGCUUUACCUGCUAAUUUUCGCAUAUGAAACUGUUGUCAAAUGCAGAGUUCCAGAAAGUUGGAAGUGCUGCCCAGUUCUGUGGACUUUAAUGGGACUGGGGAGCAGGGCUCGUGAGCACAGCACUUCCCCAUUUCAGAUAUGCAGUGCCAAUAUUUCAGUAUGAGUAGGAAGAUGAGAGUACCCCUGAACAUUUUUUAAGAAAAAAAAGAACUGGGUAGAGGAGUUAUAUACUUUAGGACUGCAGUGGAAAAAUUCAGGUGAACAUGUAAUGUGUGGAUGCAGUUAUGCAGCAGGGUAAUUUUAGACUCUAGACUUACUGGACUUAUGGGUUCUUCACCCCUUUGGGUUGUAUUACAUCACUUUAAAAUGUGGUUAGUCUGCCUUGUUUUUUGGGGAUCCUUCUGCUCCCUUCAGUUGAGCGGGGGUCCUGGAUUUCUGCCCAAAAAUCUUGCCCUGAUAGCACCACUGUGUGGUUGCUACCCAUAUAUAGGUGCAUGUAUAGGUGAAAUGUGUAUGCACUGUGUUCAAAGAUGCAAUUUCACUUGUGUAUGACAUCCAUGUAUUACAUAUCUGCUGUGAGCAAAUGUAGGUGUAAGAUCAAUUAUUUCCUGAGGGGUUCCGGGUGUCCAUAGCUGAAUGUAGUCCAUACACUUGUUCCUGUGGAGCUGGCCAAAGUUAGCCAGUCUCACAGAAUUAUUUUAGUAAAUAGCUUCAAUGAGGAAAGAAUUCAAUAUAAUAGUUAGAAGGGAUAGUAGAAGGAAGGGGUGGGUGAAAUUCUUCUGAGUAAUUUUACCAGUCUCUUAUUGACCUCUGAAUUCCCUAGGUGUUUUCCUUGAGGAGGAAAACCCUCAAAAUUGCUCAUACUGUAGGUAAAAUUUAGAUUUCAAGGCUGGGAGGAACUGAUUCUAUUAUACUGCUCCAAAUCAGCUGAAUCUGUAAUUUUGUCAUGGAAAGAAGGUGCAGCAGAAUGAGGUGGUAUCACUUCAGACUGCAGGUGGGUGAUGAAUUUCUGGACUGCUCCAAGUAAUAAUAAUAAUAAUAAUAAUAAUAAUAAUAAUAAUAAUAAUAAUAUAUUUUUAAACUUUUUGCCUCUCAGGUGGCAAGACGAGCUAGCACAUUUCUUCCUAUUGUGUUAGUUGCCAUCUUAGUUGUGUGCAGGUUUUCUUUUUAACAAUGGGAAGACUUCAAAACUGGUACCCCCAGCCUGCAGUCCAGGUCUGAAGGUGGGGAGGGGGAGACUAUGGAGACAUCAUGAGAGCCACAUACAAUCAAAGUAAAUAUUAUUCAGUUAUUAUCUAUUGUUACCCACCCCCCUGCCCGCAACAAACUCAAGUGCUCUAGACUCACAAAAGUCGGAAUUCAAAUCAAGGUGCUUCUUUUCCUACUUACAUGCCAGAUUUUGCAUGUAAGCAGGGUUCCACAAACACACUCGCCAAGUUUCCAAUGGUGACCAUAUCCUUUCAUCUGGCAACUGCCUGCCCCAGUGCUUGCCUUGGCCUCAUGCCUGUUGGAUGCACUUGAAAGCAGCAAGACUUCUGAAGGUCAGUGAGACUAGAGGGAUGAGUCCUGGAACUUUGGAUAAAGGUCAGAUGCUCUUUCCUUCAGUCAUACUCACCCGUUGAAGCAGUGAGUCGCCCCUGGUUCUAAGCUGUCCUGGAGCUCAGCAUGACAUUGGUUGAGACCAUUCCCCUUCCCUCAGUCAGGAGGGAGUAGGUCAGGUUUGUUUGAGACAAUCAUGCCAAGCCAACAUUUGGGGACUUCUGAAUAUAAAUGUUUAAUACAUAUAAAUUUGCCCUGAGUAGUUUCUGUUCUUCAGACAUUUUCAGUGUCCAAGCAGACUUCUACAGUUGAGGUUCUCUUUUGUUUAGCUGUGGCCUAUUUCGAAGAGCAGCUGCCCCCCCCGCCCCCGUGGACUAAAUUAAUGUGCUGAAGUUAAAAACGUCUUCUGAGUGAUGGAUUCUUGGCUCUUCUAGGGAUAAAAUUAACUGGUGUAAAAAAAAUUAAAAAAUCAAAUCCGCAUGGGUUGCUUAGAUUUGCAAACAACACUUCCAUGGAUCUAUUCAAGAUUUUCCUCAUAAAAUUGUGCAACCAACCAGCAGUCUUUGGAUCUCUUUGUGUCUUCACCAUUUCCUCAUUAGCAAGAUUGUUCGUAGUGAAUGGCUUUUAUUAGCUUCUUGUGCCAAGACACAAGAAACCCCUGCCUCCAAGAUUUCUUGACCACAUAGAAGACUUUCCAGACUGUAGACUUUGGCCCAGAUGGUUUGAGUUUGUCCCAUGCUUUUUUCUUGUAACACAUGUUUAUGAGAAAAGACUUAUGGUCAACAUUUGCGUAUGUAUCAUGCAGGAAUCCAGCUACAUUGAAGAAAGCAAGGCCCAGAAUGAUGCAAUCUCCUUGAUUUUCUCCCUCAAAGAAGAAGUUGGAGCGUUGGCUAAAGUGCUACGCAUAUUUGAGGUAUGUGCUUUGCUAAGCCUUUACAGCAAGAGAAACACGACUGAAAUUUCAGAACCAACAUCUGGCUGUCAAAACCGCAAUCCUGAUGCAUUAUUCUUAGCUGUUGAGUCCAGCGCUACCGCAGCAUCACCUCUGCACCCCACACCCUAUGUAUACAUUGCAUGCAUGUUAAAAAACCUUUGGGGAAAGCUCUUGCAUUAUACCAUCAUAUCAUUCUUCAUUUCCCCACUCCCAAUUCAUAUCAUUGGCCGAGAAAAGUGGAAUGCCAUGAUGUCACAGCACAAGGCAAAUUCUACUAGAUAUUGCAGAUGCUGGAACUAGAUGUACAGUUGCUGUUUUUAGUAACAGCCAUGCACUUGCUGCCAUGUCCAUGGGUCCCGUCCGUUUCCCCUUUCUUUGGGAAGAAAGGAACGUCUUCAGUAUGGGGCGUACUUCCAAGUACGGAGGAUCACGUAUAAAACUUUGCUGAUACCGAAUUUGUAUGUGUUUUAAAUAACCAUGCAGGUGGCAGCAGACUCUGCAGAAUCAUAGUGUUAAUGACUUCAUGAUCCUUGUGCUGCUGGAGACAGUUUCUAGUAUUCAGUUGUUAUUUAUUUGAGUAAACACAGACCUAACAUCACACUUACACCAGAGGAAUUGGCAGUGAGUGACCAGUACAGCAAUCACAGGGUUGCUGUGGAUAGCUUGAUAAAAAGGUUACUCCUGCGUGAGGCAUCUUUCUUUUUAUUAAAAAAGGAGUCAAAUUCCAUUCUAGAGAUCAUCAGAAAAUAAAGCUGCCAAUACUACAAUGCUUUUGUACAUGGAAUGACCACACUUGGGAUACUGCAUACAGUUCUGGCACAUGUGGUGGGAGUGUCCCCAAAUAAAUUUUCUUGAUGGAAACACUAUUUAUGGAAGUCGGAUGAUCACAAAACAAACUGUACUCCCCACAGAGGGUGCUAUUGAGCCUUUAUUAACAGCUCUUUUUGAAUUGCUAGUAACGUGACAGUCCAGGACAGUCUCUAGGCGACUUACAAUCAAGUUUUAAAAUAUACAAAAUUGUUUUAAAACGUAUAAAAAUCACUAUCAAAAUUGAACACAUAAGGCAUAAAAGCAUAAAACCAGCCUAUGCAGGGGCAGGCGAGAAGGAAAAGACUUAUCAGCAACCCAGAGAGAAGCAUUAACAAAGCCUUGACACAGCUGGAUCAUAUUUCAUCUGAUGCUUAAGAGAAGAGGAAAGUAUUAACCUGAUGCCAAAAAGAUGCCAGGGCUGGCGAGCCGGGCAUGACUCACUGGGGAGAGCAUCUCAUGUUAAAAGCCCAGCCUCUGUGGUUUCAUUUGUUUCCUUUAAAGAACAUUGAGUCUCCUCUUAAAAGCAGCUCAUUGGAGAGGAAUAGUUCUGAACAGAGAAACUGUUGUGUAAUAAACUACUGGCAACUUGUUUUGUAUCUGGGGGGAAAUUAAAUUAGCUAGCAAGUGAAAAGGAAAUAUGGAGAGGAAAUGCAAGUAGAAAAAGUUAUACAUCCCAAGACCACUUCUGUUGAUUAACCCAGGGAAAAAAAUAAUGAUUACCUAGAAGAAUGUGAACCAUAAAUCCCUUUCCAGCAAAGUAAAAGUUUGUGUGUGUAAUAAUUCCAGAACUGCUUCCCCCACAGUUGAUGCAUCUUACUCAGAACUCAUCUGUCUAUCAAGCAUCCCGAAAAGAAAAUGCAGUUCUGAGUUCUGAGUUGAAAAACUUAAUUUUUGCCGGCUCCUUUAGUGCUAGGCAAUGAGCAAUUGCCCAAACUACAUUGGCAGGUGUGGGGAACCUCCAGAUGAUAAUUGAACUACAACUCCCAUCAUCUCCAGCAACCUUGACCAAUGGUCAGGGAUGAUGGGAGUUGUAGUUCAGCAACAUCUGGAGGACUGCUAUAUGCAGUGGGCAAAAUGUACGUAAAGAGUCAAGUCAGAUAUGUAACUCUUAACAAAGAUUUCUCUGCCUCCUCUCCCUUCUGCUGAGCAAACAGAACAGUUAUCUUUCUCAGUAUUUUGAAUGUGCUUAUAAAAAGCAAUAUUUACUUUGGUCAGUGAAACUACCCUAGCUACCUUCAAAGAGUCACGUCUGCACAUUUGGCAACCGAGUGGAUGGUCACAUCAUUUUCGGAGGGGAGUGGUGUUUGUAUAUUGAUGCAACUGGCAUAGCCAUUUGCUGCAGGAGAUCUGUUCAGCCCAGAUAAAAAUUAACCCAUCCAUUACUCUGAUGAGGGGGAUGCGGGAAUAAACUCAUUGUUAAAAGUGAUGCACUUUCAUCAGGGAUGGAAACAGAUGGGUGGAGUAAAGGGUAAAGGGACCCCUGACCAUUAGGUCCAGUCUUGACUGACUCUGGGGUUGCGGCGCUCAUCUCGCUUUAUUGGCCGAGGGAGCCGGCGUACAGCUUCCGGGUCAUGUGGCCAGCAUGACUAAGCCGCUUCUGGCAAACCAGAGCAGCACACGGAAACACCGUUUACCUUCCCGCCGGAGCGGUACCUAUUUAUCUACUUGCACUUUGAUGCGCUUUCGAACUGCUAGGUUGGCAGGAGCUGGGACCAAACAACAGGAGCUCACCCCGUCGCGGAGAUUUGAACCGCCGUCCUUCUGAUUGGCAAGUCCUAGGCUCUGUGGUUUAACCCACAGUGCCACCCGCGUCCUGAUGGGUGGAGUACAUAUUGCUAAAAAUUCAGUUACGGAAUUGUGUAGGGCCUCAGAUGCUAUAAGUAAAUGGGGAGGAACAAAUGGUUUUGAGGGCAGUCUUUUUGUUGUCUUCAGUAGAAGAUGAAUGCAUUUUAUAAUUGCGAAAGAGCCAUAGCUCAGAGGCAGAACAUCUGCUGUACAUGCAGAAGGUCCCAGGUACAAUUCCUGGCAUCUCCAGGUAGGGCUGGGAAUGAGCCCUGCCUGCAUCUCUGGAGAGCUGCUGUCAGUCAGUGCAGACAGUGCUGAGCUACAUGGACCAGUGGACUGGUUCAGUAUAAGGCAGCUUCCUAUGUUCUUAAGGUAAAGGGACCCCUGACCAUUAGGUCCAGUCGUGGCCGACUCUGGGGUUGCAGCGCUCAUCUCGCUUUAUUGGCCGAGGGAGCCGGCGUACAGCUUCCGGGUCAUGUGGCCAGCAUGACUAAGCCACUUCUGGCGAACCAGAGCAGCGAACGGAAACGCCGUUUACCUUCCUGCCGGAGUGGUACCUAUUUAUCUACUUGCACUUUGACGUGCUUUCGAACUGCUAGGUUGGCAGGAGCAGGGACCUAGCAACAGCAGCUCACCCCGUCGUGGGGAUUCAAACCACCGACCUUUGGAUCAGCAAGUCCUAGGCUCUGUGGUUUAACCCACAGUGCCACCUGCGUCCCAUUCCUAUGUUCUUAAAAGGUGGCAAAUGGUUCAAACAACGUGCUUGAUAACACUAUCAUUAAGAACACAGAGACAGCUCUGCUCAGCACAACACUUGGCUACCAUUCCUUGAAAAAACAUUGAAGAGGUUUACCAUGAUGGAUGUGAAAGAAGACGUUUUAAUAGCAAAGGAGCUACAGAUGGGUUUUAUAGCGCAUCCCCUUCCAUUUUCACUAGCUGGGAAUCGGGGUCAUUCCAGAUGAGAGAAACUGUUGACUCAGGAAAUUCACCCACUUUCCAGAGCAUCCUGGAAACAGAUGUUGGUGCUAAUAUAAUGUGGGCAAAAAAGAAAAACAGAAAAAAAGCUUUGUUCAUUGACAUAUUGUUGUACAGGAUAUGGGAGGUGACAAUUCUCAACUUCAUGUCUGGUUUACUUCAGCUGGUGAACAUAGAUUCAGGUGCUUCUAGACUCUUAGUAUUUCCAAGCUGGAUUCAAUAACAUGCUAGCAAAUUUAAGUUCAGUUAAAGCUGAUAAUGGAGCACUUGCACAACUUGCUCCUGUCUUUCCAUCAUUUUUUUUUCUGCAAUAAAGAAAAAGUUAGGGAAAUGCACUGGGAAGUAUGGGGUAACAAUUGCUUGAUGCAAUAUUGUAUAACUUCCCCAUAAAGAAAUGAAAAUGAAUUCUCUGUAAAUAGUCGACCUUGUCUAACCACCCUGAACAUGUUGUGAAAACAAAUUGGGAUGAAUGCUCAAUAAAUAGGUCACCUGGAAGAGGCUAGGCUUUUUUUUUUUUUUUAAAGGUAAAAAUAGUGCAGUGGUUCAACAGGCCUGUAAUACCUUCUUCUGCUUCUUUUACUCGGUUUACAGAAUAAUGCAUCCAAGGAACCCUGGAGUAAACACUGUAAGCACUACAGUAGUACCUCGGUUUACGAACUUAAUCCGUUCCUGAAGUCCGUUCUUAAACCAAAUCUGUUCUAAAACCAAGGUGCACUUCCCCUAAUGAGGCCUCCCACGCCCGGUGCCCUUCCACCAUUCUGCUUCCGUUCGUAGACUGAGGUAAAGUUCGCAACUGGAACACUACUUCCGGUUUUGCAGAGUUUGUAAACCGAAUGUUUGUAAACAGGAUUGUUUGUAAACCAAGGUACCACAGUAUUUUAUAAUGGAAAACACUCUCUUUUGUUUUAUAAUUGUAAGCACUCUGAAAUGAAUUUAUAUGCAGUUAGUUGCAUGUUUAUGAGUACUGAAACGCUAUUAGGAUUUCAAAAACUUACCUAGCUCUAAACAGCUAUAAAUAUUUUGUUUUUUUGUUUUUUAUAAUAAUGUUUAUUAAAGUUUCAAAAAAUACGUGAAAAUACAGAAUAAAGAAAAAAGUAUAAAGUUUUAAGAUAUAACAAAAAAGUAGAAAAUAAGGAAAAACAUACAAAAUAAAACAGUUAAAAGCACAAUAAUUUUCCAUAACCUAUCUUCCUUGCUCUUAUUUCCCUGACCUCCUCAUACCUCCUUCUUUGUAUUCCAAUUCAAUUUGUUGGUUCAGCAAAUCCUUACCAUUAAUCUUUUACCCAAUUGUUAACCUUUUUUUCCAUGUCUCUUAAAGCAUUACAGCUAAAAACCUCUUAGUUUCUAUCCAACAUCCUUCUAAAGUUCCUUAAUUUUGCAAUAUUUCUGUAAAUAGUCCUUAAAUUUCUUCCAGUCUUCUUUCACCGACUCUUCUCCCUGGUCUCGGAUUCUGCCAGUCAUUUCCGCCAAUUCCAUAUAGUCAAUCACCUUCAUCUGCCAUUCUUCCAAAGUGGGUAGAUCUUGUGUCUUCCAAUACUUUGCGAUAAGUAUUCUUGCUGCUGUUGUAGCAUACAUGAAAAAGGUUCUGUCCUUCUUUGGUACCAGUUGGCCGACAAUGCCCAAGAGAAAGGCCUCUGGUUUCUUCAGAAAGGUAUAUUUAAAUACCUUUUUCAGUUCAUUAUAUAUCAUUUCCCAGAAAGCCUUAAUCUUUGGGCACGUCCACCAAAGGUGAAAGAAUGUACCUUCAGUUUCUUUACAUUUCCAACAUUUAUUAUUGGGCAAAUGAUAAAUUUUUGCAAGCUUGACUGGGGUCAUGUACCACCUGUAUAUCAUUUUCAUAAUAUUCUCUCUUAAGGCAUUACAUGCCGUAAACUUCAUACCUGUGGUCCAUAACUGUUCCCAGUCAGCGAACAUAAUAUUAUGUCCAACAUCUUGUGCCCAUUUAAUCAUAGCAGAUUUCACCGUUUCAUCCUGAGUAUUCCAUUUCAACAGCAAGUUAUACAUUCUUGACAAAUUUUUAGUAUAAAUAUUUUGAAUUAAACCAAUUGCUAGUAACAGAGAGAUCACGUUUUUUUGUUUUGUUUAUUAAAUUUAUAUACUACCCUUCAUCAUAAAAUCUCAAGAUGGCUCACAGAAUAACCACAGAAUUUUAACAACCCAAUAACCUGUGGAUUUAAUCGAAUUUACUAAAUGUUAGGGAAGCCCCAAAACAAUUUUUGUAGCUCAUUUCUGUACAUGUCUACUUGGAAUUAAUUCCAGUGUGUUCGGUGGGACUUAUGAGUGAGUACUGCAUUACAUCCUUAGACUGCAAUCCUGUACAUGCUUAACUUGGAGUUAGUGCACUUACCUUGGAGUAAAUGCCACUGAAAUUGAUGGGGUUUAUAUCUGCAUAAGAAGUAUGGGAUUGCCCAGUGAAUCUUUGAGCAAACCUCAAAGGGCUCAUCACACUUACCUUUUGACCCAUGCCUUCUAGGCACAAUACUAUGCUUUAAAGUUCCAGGUUCUAGUGAUAUUAUUAUUAUUAUUAUUAUUAUUAUUAUUAGCCCUGGCACUUUCCCUUCGAAAACCCACUCUUUAAUGCUGAAUUGGAACAAACAAAUCCGACUUGUCCACGAAUUGCUUUUUGCUCCAUUUCACUGGCAAAGAUCGGUUUUCUGCAGGGAAAAUGCCAGGGCAAAAAAAUACCCGCCCAUACUCAGACACUUUCUAGGACCUGUGCCUAGAAACACAGCACAAAAGAAAAUCUGGAUGAGCCCAAAGAAACACAUAAUGGAUACAGACCAGCAAAUUAGUUGUGACUACAGCCACAUUUAUGCCCUACAUUUAAAUGACCAUGAUACCACUUUGAAAAGUCAUGGCUUCCCGCAAAGAAUUCUGGGAGUUGUAGUUUGCUAAGAGUCGUUAGGGGACUCUGGUGGUGCAGUUUUCAGAAUGGCUUGACAUCCUGUCCCUCAUCACAGGGAAAUCUGGGAAUUGUAGCUAUGGGAAGGGGAAGAGUGUUCUCCCGAGAACUUUCAGCAUCCUUCGCAACCUCCUCCUUGUGUGGCCUUGUGGCUUUUAGAGCAGUAAUAGGCACUCCUUUAUCUCUCUAUUUCCACAGCUUCAGCCAUCUGCCCCUUUCUGGCGCCCUGCAGUCAUUCAUUCUGCUCCGCAGCGAAUCCAGGGACUCUCACAUAAGAAGGGUCAAAAAGAGUUUCAUUCUGCCCUCUACUUUGGCCUCCUUGGUGGUGGGUGCUGAGGUUUUACUCUGGCACCGAACCCUAAGUGGUGGAGAUGCUGUAACAUUUCUGGCUGUGGCUCUUAAGAUGUGAUACAACCAAGUGUGAUGCUCCAUAGCCCUUUGCAGUAAAGACAAAUACACCUCCGAUGUAAAGCCUUAAUCUCAAAGAUGAUCCAAGGAAGGUUCCUUGCUGAGAGCAGGCUGUGACUUUUUGAGCCUGGUCUCAAUCAUAAUAAAUCUUGCUGGGAGUAAUUUUAACUUUUUCCUAUCGCUGGAGCCCUCUAAUGAUUUGCGAGCACCUAAUUAAAUAGCAAACACAAAGCAUUGUCUGUGUGUGAUGCAGACCUUUAGAGAACUAAAACAACUUGACCUCGGGGAGCAGCCUAGUUAAAUGCAUUAUUUGCAUGGAGACCAGCUCAAUUAGGAGAACAUCUUUCCUGAGCUGCAGGAUUUGAAUGCACUUCUGACCUUUUCAACUUAUUGUGUUGGUAUCUGGUCAAACAAUUUAAGUUCAUCUGUAGUGUCCACUGCUAAGAACUCAGAGAAAGGCACAAACAGCAAUGCUCACGGCAAGCGAUGGUGGGGAGCCACUUCAGAGUUCUGUGUCAGUAAUGCACAAAGGUCUGCUCUUGAAUCUAUUUAAGGUUAAAGUACCCCAAAAAACAGCAUUUAUCAUGGCUAUUCUUGGAGGUGACUGUUUUCUAUAAUGACCAUAGCAGUGUUUUCAACACAGACCAAGCAGUCCUCUUUUUUUUUAACAAAGAAAGAAAGAAAAGAAUUUGUCCUUCUGGCAUGCGGUGAGGAUACCGGUCCAUUUAAUUGCUUACAAUAGUCACUUGAUAGAAAGAAGAAGUUGCUCAGGUGGCCAGCUAGGCAUUGCUGAAAAAGAGGAUUUGCAUCACAACAAGGAGAGAAUGGGCAUGAAAGUUGCAUAUGGUAAUUUAGGCAAACGUAUCCUCCAACAUUUCUGAAAAUGAAAAUAAGGAUGCCCUAGCCAUACCCAGUCCAUCGUUUCGAAUCAUAGAGUUGGAAGGGACCCAAGGGUCAUCUAGUCCAACCCCCUGCAAUGCAGGAAUGUCAGCUAAAGCACCCAUGACAAAUGGCCAUCCAACCACUGUUUUAAAACUUCCAAGGAAGGAGAGUCCACCACCUCUCGUGGGAGUCUGUUCCACUGUUCAACAGCUCUUACUGUCAGAAAGCUUUCCCAAAUGUUUAGUCGGUAUCUCCUUUCUUGCAACUUGAAGCCAUUGGUUCGAGUCCUGCCCUCCAGAGCAGGAGAAAACAAGCAUGCUUCCUCCUGCAUGUGACAGCCCUUAAGAUAUUUGAAGAUGGCUAUCAUAUCUCCUCUCAGUCUCCUCUUUUCAGGCUAAACAUACCCAGCUCCUUCAACCAUUCCUCAUAAGGCAUAGGUUCCAGACCCUUGAUCAUCUUGGUUGGCCUCCUCUGCACACGUUCCAGCUUGUCAACAAGCUUCUUAAAUUGUGGUGCCUAGAAUUGGACACAGUGUUCCAGGUGUGGUAUCUGACCAAGGCAGAAUAGAGUGGUACUAUUACUUCCCUUGAUGAAAAUAGGAUUCAAAUUGAGAAAAUAUGAUGCAUAUUGCCAUAGUGGGGAAACCACCAGGGGACUUGUGUACCUGCUCAGUCUUCAUAAACGUAGUUUGUUUUUUAAUGUACCGUGAACUACCCAGUGAUCCCAGCCACUUUCUAGGCCACCAGCCAAAAUUGUGCUUCAUUCUUCAUUAUGCUACCGUCUUUGUUCCAGGAGAAGGGGAUAAACCUGAUCCACAUUGAAUCCAGACCCUCCCGGCUGAACAAAGAUGAGUACGAAUUUUUCAUCAAUCUGGAAAGCAAGAACAUCCCAGCUCUUGAGGGAAUCAUUCAUACACUGAGAGACGACAUUGGAGCAAAUGUCCAUGAGCUUUCACGUGAAAAGAAGAAGGAUGCUGGUAAGGAGAUAUUGUUCAGAAUAACAACAUUCCUUCCCUACAGCAAAGUGGUUAACUGCCAGCCCUACUGUAUACCUGAAAGAGCAUCUCCGCCCCCAUUUGGCUGGGGAGGGCGGGAUAUAAAUAAAAAAAUUGUUGUUGUUGUUGUUGUUGAACCUGGACACUGAGGUCUAACUCUAAGGGCCUUCUGGCAGUUCCCUCACUGUGAGAAGUGAAGCUAUAAGGAACCAGGCAGAGGGCCUUCCCAGUGGUAGCCCCCACCCUGUGGAACACCCUCCCAUCAGAUGUCAAGGAGAUGAGUAACUAUAUAACCUUUAGAAGACAUCUGAAGGCUUUGAUUGAACCACUUAAAGACACUAUGACUAGAAUUUUAGUGACUGGGGUGGUUCCGGCUUCCUGGAAAGACACAUUUAUUACCCUGAUUCCUAAACAAAACUGUGAUUUAACAAAGACUAAAAAUUACAGACCAAUUUCACUACUUAACUAAUACUAUAAAUUAUUUGCUGCAAUUUUAGCCAACAGGUUGAAAAAGGUUUUAAGUGAAUCCAUAGGGACCAAGCAGGUUUUCUACCAGGUUGACAGAAGAAAGACAGCAUAAGAAAUAUAAUUAAUUUAAUCGAGUACCUGGAAGUAAGAAAUGAAAAACAAGCAGCUAUAAUUUUCUUAGAUGCUGAGAAAGCUUUGGAUAAUAUCUCUUGGUCAUUUAUGAUCAAGUUGUUAGAGAAGAUGGAGAUAGGUAAUUCUUUCUAAGCAGGAAUUAAGGCAAUUUAUACUGAUCAAUCUGCAAAUAUACUAAUAAACAAUAUUCUCUCUGACAAAUGCCAAAUAAGAAUAGGUACUAGACAAGGCUGCCCCUUAUCUCCAUUGUUGUUCAUUUUGAUGUUAGAAAUAUUGCUUCAUCAUAUAAGGAGAAAUAGGGAAGGCAAUUAAAGGUAUAGAGGAGGGGUGCAGAGUCUACAAAUUAAGGGCAUUUGCUGCUGAUGUGGUGUUAACAUUGGAACAACCUAUGGUAAGUGAUCCCAAAGCCUUAGAAGAAAUUAAAAGGUUUGGAGAAGUGACAGGUUUCAAAAUAAAUACAGAUAAAACCAAAAUGUUGGUUAAAAACAUGGACUAGCACUCGAAAAAGGCCUUAGAAAAAAUGUCUGGCCUAAAAAUAAAAGUAAAAUAUUUGGGGAUUUGGCUGAUGGUGAGGAAUCUCAAUUUAUUUCAAGAUAAUCAUAUUAAACUAUGGAAAGAGAUUAAGAACGAAUUGGAGAUUUAGGGAAGGAUGCAGCUUUCACUGUUAGGCAGAAUCUCAGCCAUUAAAAUGAAUGUACUACCUAAGAUGCUGUUUUUAUUCCAAUCGAUCCUGAUUGCAAAUAAGUUAAGUUGCCUCAAAGAAUGGAAAAAAGAUAUCUCUAAAUUUAUCUGGCAGGGGGAAAGCCAUGAAUUAAACAUAAAAUCUUGAUAGAUGUAAAAGAAAGAGGAGGCUUUGCCCUGCCAGACCUAGAAUUGUAUUAUGAGGCAGCAUAUCUGUGUUGGUAAAGGGAAUACAGUGGUGCCCCGCAAGACGAACGCCUCGCAAGACGGAAAACCCGCUAGACGAAAGGGUUUUCCGUUUUGGAGGCGCUUCGCAAAACGAAUUUCCCUAUGGGCUUGCUUCGCAAGACGAAGCCCAUAGGGAAAUCUCCGGGGACCUCUUUUAAAUGCUAGCGGUGGGGAGCAAAGCCUUCCCCCCCCCUCCGGCCUUCAGAAGAGGUCCAGGAAGGCUGGCGGGGGCCGAAGGCUUUGCUCCCCACCGCCAGCAUUUUAAAAGCAGUCCGGGAUAGCAGGAAGCGCUUCCCGCUAUCCCGGACGGCUUUUGACGGCAGGAGAGGUCCGCGAAGCCUGGGCGCGCUGAUCUCAGCGCGCGCAGGCUUCGGCAUGCCGGCAACUCUCCGCAAGCAGUGGCAGCGCUGCCGCUGCUCGCGGAGAGGUCCGCGAAGCCUGGGCGCGCUGAUCUCAGCGCGCGCAGGCUUCGGCAUGCCGGCAACUCUCCGCAAGCAGCGGCAGUGCUGCCGCUGCUUGCGGAGAGGUCCGCGAAGCCUUGGCUGGACAGCUUUUGAAGGCAGGCAGGGGGGACAAAGACUUUUGCCCCCCGCCAGCCUUCCCAGGGGCUUUUAAAUUGCCCCGGACAGCGGAGAAGUCCUCCGCUGUCCCGGGGCAAUUUUAAAAUGCCGCCCGCCAGCAUUUUAAGAUCGCCCCGGACAGCGGAGAAGCCCUCCGCUGUCCCGGGGUUUUUUAAAAUGCUGGGGUGGGUGGGAAGAAAAGCCCUUGUCCCCCCCCCCAGCCUUCAGACCAGGUCCGGGGACAGUCUGUCCCCCGACCUGGUCUGAAGUCGGUUUCCCUAGGAACGCAUUAAUUGAUUUUCAAUGCAUUCCUAUGGGAAACCGUGCAUCGCAAGACGAAAAACUCGCAAGAAGAAAAAACUUGCGGAACGAAUUAAUUUCGUCUUGCGAGGCACCACUGUAGAUCAUAUUGGAAAAUGCAGAUAUUUUAGAUUUGGAAGGCCAUGAUAUAAAAUUUGGCUGGCGUGCAUGUCUUUGGUAUGUGUAAUGUUUAUAUAUAUAUAUAUAUAUAUAUAUAUAUGUAUAUUCUUACUGAUCCUUCUAGACUUUUUGGGACUAGCAUUGAUUAGCUACAGAGACUAGAUACUGUGGGAUUGUUAGAUAGCAUACAGCAGGGAUAGGGAACAUCUGUGAUGCAUUAGAUGUUUUUGGACUAUGACACUUAUCAGCCCCAGGCAGCAUGGACAAUGGUUAGGGUUGAUGGGAUUUGUACUCUAACAACCUGGUUUAGAUGUAGCUGGAGCAGCUAUAUCUCCUUUGACCCAGAUGGUAGGAGGGAUGCUUGAGGAGUUUGAUUUCUGUGAAUUCCAGUGUAGACUGAUGUGAUCCAUACCUCCUGGAUUAAUUUGUUGAUUAGAACAUAAUUAUCCUUUGCACAUUUCUACAUCUUUCUGAUACAGUUAUUGGCUAAUAAUAAUAAUGAUAAUACUCAAGGUUUGGAUUCAGCUCCCUUUUACCAUCAAUGCAAUGUUGAUGGCUGUUGAACUUGCAUAAGAGAAAGAAUAUUAGUUGUGCAAUAUGAAAUCCAACACAUCGGUUGUGCCAGCCAUUGCGCAACCAGUUGUUGCACAACAGAAUGUAUUGGGGCUACAGCAAUUGAUUGGUCCACCAGCAGCAAGAAGCAUGUUAGCCUCCAGCCGUUCUGCAAGAGCAAGUCCUUUUGCAGCUAGCACACUGCCAUGGGUCUUCAGCUUAGUGUGGCAUUGUAUUCCUUCCUCAAGGUAUUAAAUCUGAAUAUAAAAUAUGUUUGUACAUUGAGUUAUAACUGUGUGAUUUAAAUACAGUGGUACCUCUAGUUACAUACUUAAUUCAUUCCGGAGGUCCGUUCUUACCCUGAAACUGUUCUUAACCUGAAGCACCACUUUAGCUAAUGGGGCCUCCCACUGCCGCCGCCGUGCGAUUUCUGUUCUCAUCCUGAAGCAAAGUUCUUAACCCGAGGUACUAUUUCUGGGUUAGCUGAGUCUGUAACCUGAAGCGUAUGUAACCUGAAGUGUAUGUAACCUGAAGCGUAUGUAACCCGAGGUACCACUGUAUGUAUAUUGUAACAAACCACAUAUUUAAUGACAUACUUAGGUAUGUUCUUAAUGUGGAUUGUUUAAAAGAAUUGCUUAUUUGUGGGAAAACAGAUCAGAACAGACUUAUGAAUGAAUCUGUGAAGUUUGCACGGGUCGGGAACAAGCUGAUUCAUCCAUACCUAGUCAGUGGCAAAUAUUUCCCCACAAUCACUGUGCCAAAUGGUUCAGAUAUGUGCCAUAUUCAUAAAGACAUAACCUAAGGGCCCAAAUCAGACCAGAGGUCCACAUGGUCAAAAUUCCUGUUCCCAAGAGUAGGCACUCAGAGAAGUCCACAAUCAGAGCAUGAGUCCCAUCACGCCACCUGUUUGCACUCAGAAUUUGUCACUUAUGGAUUCCUUAUUCAUUAUACAGAAAUAAAUAUGCACACAGGAGUAAGACAAUCACCUGGAGGUAGCUUUUCUUUGAGCAGUGCAGUAUUCCAUGAGUGACCACAUGCAGACCCUUCUCUAUGUCUCAUACACAUGUACACGUAUCCAAAUCUUAAUGCCCUCCUGGCGUCUCAAGCAGCAGAUGUGAUCUUAAUAGGAUUUCAGUUAAGGUUGGCUUAAAAUGCUUUAGGUCUGCUGCCUCGUCUUCCUUCCCGGGAGCAACAUGAAAGGGUAGUAAUAUCUUCCUGGAAUAAAUCCUUAUAAUCUCCUUACCCUUCCCUUUGUGUCCUGUCCAUGACAUUGCAUUGAGAAAAAGGAAAAUAUUUGGAGCCCUCCAUUCAGGAAAGGGGCAAAAUGUUAUGGCUUGGCAGGGAAUCACAAUCACUUAAAAGUGAAGGUUUAAUUACUUUGGGGACUGUGUGGGUCUGCGGGGGGAGGGGAGGUUAUCUUGCUUCAUCUUUCUUAAUUAUAAUUUGGACAAAAAAAGAGAGAGAAGAGGGCUCUACUUCUCUGUCAUUUAUAGCAUCUUAUGGCAUGUUCCAUUAAACAUAAGACCCAUUGAAGCUGUUGGGUCUUAGUUUGAAGUUGAUGCAGUUAGGAUUGGGGUUUACAGAAAGCUGAUUUACGCAGCCAUCUUGUAUAUUGCAAAGUUAUCAUAAGCAGCCAACCUUCCCAUAAAGCAAUGCAGAGAAAGGUGCUUUGAGCAGCAGCUUUCAAACAGGACAUCACCACUCCCCUGUCUCCAAUCUGUGUGCCAUUUUAGUUUGUCUUACUAGUUGCACGAAGCGUGUGCACACACAGAAACCAACCAGAUAAAACUUCUCCUUGCUUUCUGUAGUGAGGGAAAACCAGUCCGGCUUUAUUUCUGCCUGUCCUUGCAGGUGUCAAAGGCACAGGAGCCCUGCCAACAAAAAAAAUAUGGCAACCACACAACUAGCUCGUUCGAAAGGGCUGCUGCUAUGCUUCAUAAUGUAACUGAACCGCCAUCAAACUCAAGUGUCCAUUCCAAAGGUUUAAUCUGCCUGUACGAAAAGAGUCGUGCCAUUUUUAUUUUUGUCAAACCCCAAAACUUAAGUGUAUUACAAAGCAGAUGAAAGCAACUAAUGUUUUAGUUGCACUAACCAUGAAUUAAGUUGUUCCAGCCAUUAAUCCGUUGAAUAAAAUUCACAAUCGCUACAGAUUCUUGUAGCUAUUGAUCCAUGUGGAGAAGCUGACUCAAACUCCCUGCAAAUCAGGAGUGAGCUCAUCAACAAAGUCCUGGUGUGCGCGUGCGUGCGCACACACACUUACUGCCAUCAGUUUUGCUGCUUGACCCUGCUUGGGAAUUCCGCUGUGUUUCUCGCCCAGUGGGUUUGGCACACAAAGGUUUAUGCCAGAAUAAAUUUGCAUGUUCCAAAUCUAAAUAGAUUUGAGUGCUAGAAUUAUUUAAUUCUGAUAUGCUAGUUAUUCAUGCUAGGCAAGGUGCACUGUGUUCUUUAAAGGGUUUUGAACAGUGAGUGGGAAAGCAUGAAUUGCACGAUAAGACAAAAUAAUGUGGAUUAAGGUAAGAAAGGCAGAGACUCCUAAGCUACAUUCAGACCAUACAUUUAAAGCACUACGAUACCACUUCUGUAGCUUCUCCCAAAGAUUCCUGGGAGCUGUUUGUUGAGGGUGCUGAGAGUUGCGGGGAGAUUCGUCUUUCCUUCACAAGUUACAAUUCUCUGUUUUCUGAAACUGUAGCUCUGUGAAGGAGAUAGGUGCCUCCUGGCAGCUCUCAGCAUGUUUAACAAACUACACCUCCCAGAUCUUUUUGAGGCAAGUCAUGCUUGUUUAAAGUAUCAUAGCUCUUCAGGUUGCCUAUAUGACUUUUCUGCCUCCCACUCCCUCCCCCCUUUUUAAUAAUGUAAUGAUGACACUAGGUUUCUCUGUUUUGUUUUAGUUUGUCAUUGCAGCCAGAGUAUUAUGUAACAUUUAACUUGGUGUGUGGGUUUUAUAUGCAGGAAUAAUUGAUGUAAUAAAAAUUUUUGAUAUCUUAAAAAAAAAACAAAAAAAAAAAAACCAAGCUCCUCCAGUCUAGAGGGAAAAGCUUUCUCCAGACUAGCCAUGAGCUGUACUCAAAACUAAGCCACGGUGCCAUUUGCUCACAAGCCUUUUUAAUAUGGGCAAAAAGUUCAGACCCCCCUAGUAGCCUUGAAUAAAAUAAUUAAAUAUGAUUCUGUUUCAGUGGGAGUUGGGAGGUAAAGACAAUGCUUUGCUGUCCAGAGACAAGCGAGAGGCUUAGAGUCUGUAGAAGCCUUGUUUGUUAGGACCCUGGGGCUGAGCUGAGCAGUUGGCUAUGUUUUAAAAGGCUCCAACCUGGGCCUAGGACCGACAAUAAAUUUUAAAGCCCUGUCUCUGACCCCUCCCCAGAACGGAUAGAGUUCCACAGAACCUCUGAAGCCCUCUGGUUUUGUUGCCCCCUCAUAUAAAUAGCUGAUUAGCAUCCUAUUAAGCAUCUGACCCCAUGUUAAAUUGGUCACUACUUGGGUGUUCACCGCAGGACCAUAAAACUCUGCUGUUUCUCCUGCAGACAAAUCAAUAUUUAUUACUGAUCAGCCUGCAUUUGCUCUGCAGAGCUUCACAGAGGGUCAGUGUUGCAACAGCUUGCUCUGGCCAUUCAUUAAUGGCAGCAGGAAGAGACAACAUGUCUGGCUAACUGGGGCAGGAGGAGAGAGCCCAAAAGAACAUCUCAGCAAGCAGAUAAUGUGACUUUCUAUUUUUAAAAAGAUCUCUUGGAAUGCUGUUGUUGUUUGCUCUUUGUGGCCAAUUGUUCCGGCAUAAGCUGGGCAGUUGAGCCCAAAUUAGCCCUUGUAACAAUUUAUUUGCCCAAAGUCCCAUCUAGUCCUGGGGUGGGGAACCUAGUGCCCUCCAGAUGUGGUUGGACUCCAACUCCCAUCAUCCCUUUGGUAAUGCUGACUGGGGCUAAUGGGAACUGCAAUCCAGCAACAUCUGGAGGACACGAGAAUAGCGAAAGCUUUUCAAGCACAGCCUUAGUUUGCAAUCCUGUACCUUUCUACCUGACUGUAAGCCCCCACUUAAUUUUAAGCAGACCGGGGAUGAAGACCCUGUGGCCCUUGAGACAUUGUUGGACAAAAUCAAUGGCCACCCACUGAGCCUCUUGGACUUGCCGAUCAGAAGGUCGACAGUUUGAAUCUGAUUGGGUGAGCUCCUGUUGCUCUGUCCCAGCUCCUGCCAAUCCAGCAGUUCGAAAGCACACCAGUGCAAGUAGAAAUAUAGGUAUCACUGUGGCGGGAAGGUAAACAGUGUUUCUGUGCAUUCUGGCUUCUGUCAUGGUGUCCCGUUGCACCAGAAGCGGUUUAGUCAUGCUGGCCACAUGACCUGGAAAGCUGUUUGCGGACAAACUCCGGCUCCCUCGGCCUGAAAGUGAGAUGAGUGCUGCAACCCCAUAGUCGCCUUUGACUGGAUUUAACUAUCCAGGGGUCCUUUUCCUUUUACCUUACUGUGAUUGCAGUAUUACUACAUCCAAUAAAGAGAGGUCUCCUGGCUCAAGGGCAGAGCACAUGCAUUGCAUGCAGAAUGUCUUGAGCAGAUUUAGUCCUUAGCAUCUCUGCUUUAUCAAGAGCCCAUUCUCAGAGUCUCUUGGAGAGUCUGCUGUCCGUCAGACACUUCUGGGCAGGACAAACCAACGGUUAUAUGCCUCAGCACUGACAGAAGCACAUAAAAGAGCUCCAGAGGUUCAUUCAGAAGUGGAUAGCUCAGUUGGUUAGAGCGUGGUCUGAUGCCAAGGUUGCAGGUUCGAUUGCUGUAGGCAGCUGCAUAUCUCUGCAAUGCAGGGGUUGGACUAGAGAUGAUCCUCAGGGUCUACAAUUCUGUGGUUCUAGGAAUGUAGUCCCUGAAACUAUGGGGAUCCCUCUUCGCAUCCAGCCUCCAUGUGCCAGAAUGUGCACAAUGUGGCUAAAAGUGGCUUUCACACAAGGUACCUAUUUAUUUCAAACCUUAGUCUUCCAGCUUCCUUCCAUCACUGAAAUGUGUUCUGUGGGGUUCAGAGAUGGCCUCCCAUCCGGUCACUGCCCAGACCCAGACCUGUCUAUCAGCUGUCUGUCUCGUGCUUUCAGACCAUACCGUGGGAUGUACCUCUGAGCAGCGCAUGAGAAUCGGGCACAUUGGCCGGCUGGUUAGCAACACAGUCACACUCCUCCGCAAUGCUGUUAUUAACAGCAGGAGAGAAAGUUUGCUCUUUUUAAAUUUCCCAAAAAUCUCCUUGCACAGGUAGAAAUCUGAGUUUCUUGUGCUUAUUAUGUUAGAGGUAUCCACCCGUUGCAUUUAAGGCGUGUACAAUCUGUGUGCCUGUGUAUGCCAAACCAACAAAUAAUUGGCUCUUUAAUGCAAACACUUGUAUGCGUGUAAAGCCAGCUUGUGCCUGUGUUCCUUGUAGUGUGUGGACAAGCUUAUUGUUAAAGGUCUUUAAGAGAGACCUACAACUUCCCAAAGUAAACAGAACUCUUAAGCAAGAGAAAGUGUGUGUGAUUGAGGCAGUAAUAUUUUGCUUCUGCUGCCCUCUCGUGGUACAAUUCAUUAUAUUUCUUAGCUUUUAGGGGGAACACAUUUCAAUAUCCUUGCUUUAUUGCUGUAUGAACUGACAUAUUUUAAUAGACAGAGGCUAUGUAAGAGACAGAAAUUCAGUGCACAAAGCUUUUCUUAUAUGCCAUGUAAAUGCCAAAAUGUCAUCCUAGGCAGCUUUCGUCAACUUGGUGCCUUCCAGAUAUUUUUGGCUGCAAGUAUCAGUCACAGUCAGCACAGCUGUAAGUUAGACUUUUACAUCAAAAACAAAAAAAGUAGGCUUGUGACUCCAUAAACACUAACUGAUUCCUUGUACCAUCAAGAAAUAUGCUAGUUCUUAAAUGCCAUUAGACUCAGUAUUGUCAAUGCUUUGAAUACAAGUAUCAUUAUUUUCUAGCAUUAACAUUAAAUAAGGGCUAACACUUUGCUGAUUUAUAUUUGGCGAAGACCGUAGCUCAGUGAAAUAAAGUCACUGAAGGGAGCCAGCAACAAGAAGCUAAAGACUAUUCAUGUUUUCUUUCCCGCUGUCUAGUUCCAUGGUUCCCGAGAACGAUUAAAGAACUGGAUAGAUUUGCCAAUCAAAUUCUCAGCUACGGAGCAGAAUUGGAUGCUGACCACCCCGUAAGGCAAAAAAAAGUCUUUCUGUUUACAUACUUUAAAAAAAAUGAUGUUUCUAGUCCUCAUGAGCACAGAGAACAACUUGAAAACAUUAUUGGUGUGCUCCAGACUGAGACCUUUAAAGCUUUAAAAUCAAGACACCCUUUUCUUCCCCUCCCUGCCUUUGCAUAGCAUUCAGCCUAAUGGAGAAUUCUGAAGAACUUGAAAGCUCCUUCACUGUUUUGUGACAUUUUUUCUUGGCCUAAUAAAGGCAAUGCCCUACUAUGAAUUCUGGAUCUUUUUUUCUUGGAUACUGUUGGGGUUUUUGUUGUUGAUGAUGAUUACAGCUCUAUUCAAAAACCCCAUAGAGCUUCUACCAGCCAGUGCAGACAACAGUGAAUUAGAUGCACCAAUAGUAUGAUUUGGUAUAAGGCAACUUCCUAUGUUCCUAAAAACUUGGGACAAAUAUUUUCAGAAUGAACCCAUGAUGUAUUAUAGGAAAUAAUUCAGGGUUUUGUAAUGUGUAGGUAAUGUGUGGGAGCCAUAAAAAUACAUGCCCUUACCCCCCCCCUUGUAGUCUGAAAUGGUGCAGUCCCAAAUUAGUACAGUUUAUAAAACAAAAACGUGGAGCCACUCCAAAGGCUAUAAUUUAUUCUAAGCCUAUGGAUGCGGCUCUCUGGCAGGUAAUUUUUUUUUUUUAAUGAAUGAAACACAGAAUCCCAAAGCAAGUAAACAACUUGCUUUAUCCUUUCAGGCUAAUAGCACCUUGUUCUGAUGUCAGGAGACGAAGCGCAGCAGCCAGGAUUUACUGCUAUUAAUUCAACGAAUGCAGGAUACUUGCAAAUAAAUUACACGCAGUGCAGCAAUUUUUUAAAAUAAAAAAUAAAAUUGCAGCUAUUACAUUAAUUGGGGCAGUGUGAUUUGUCUUUCACUAGAUGUAGUUUAAUCUGAAAUGAGCUAUGUAUUCUGUACAGUCACUUGGCACACAAAUAUUUGGCAGAGUCCUAGAAGAAAAGCAGGGAGAAUGGAGACUCAAUUGCUCUGAAUGAUUGAAUCAAAGAGUCCUCUCAGAGCUUCUGUCAGGAUGAAAAAACGGCGCAGUAGUUGAAAGCAGGACAAAAUCAUCAGCCAAACAAAACCUCAGUGCACUGACAUGAAAGCUGUAUCCUGCAUGCACGAGCUAGUAUUAAUUAGAUAAUGAGACUUUCCUUCUGGAUAUUUUGGGGGUGGGGAACCAAGCUGCAAUUAGGUAAUUUAGGAUGUGAAGAAGCAAGCGAAUCUGGAAACAUCAUCUUGUCUGUGGUGACUGCAGUGCAGAAAACCCUCAGGCUUAUGGGCCAAAGCUCGCCUUCUCCUUCUCCUUCUCCUUCUCCUUCUCCUUCUCCUUCUCCUUCUCCCUCUCCCUCUCCCUCUUCCUCUUCCUCUUCCUCACUGGGCACCUGUAACUUCCCCUAUGGCUGUGUUACAGUCAACAAAGCUUUGUGAAGUAUCACUGCCAUUAUUCUACAUACAUUUAUGGCUUAGCACAAUGGGUGCCAUCUACCGUAUAUUUCUUGUAUAUUAUUUCCCUCCGACCUCAUUGCCAACAUUUCUUCCUUUCUCCCUCACUCCAUGUGGACCUGUCAGUUUAGGAUAAUCUUCACGCAUUUGAUGAAAUAGAUUCUAGUCCACAAUAAGUUACGCUUUUAUUCAUUUUUAAAAUGCGCACAAGACGCAUUCUGUUGCUUCUGCACUUCUUGUUAAAACUGCAUUUCUGUUUUGACACUCACAAACCAGUGCUUUUUAUUAUUCUCUCCCCACCACCAGGGUUUCAAAGAUCCUGUUUACCGGGCCAGAAGAAAGGAAUUUGCAGAUAUAGCUUACAACUACAGACAGUAAGUGUGCAAAAGACAACAAGGGACAAAAUGUAUCCUAAAAGUCAAUAUAUUAUCUGUGAUGAAAUGGUGUGUGGGGUUGGGGAGUGUGCUCUUUCUUUGGAUAAUGCUGAAAUAUGUCUGGGGCACUGAGGAUUUAAAUAUACAUAGCAUUGUGACGCUGGAUUGCCUCUACUUAACCAAUGCUGUCAAUGGGUCUCCAUUCUGACAAUGCAGCAGUCUUUUUGCAGAUAUAUUGUAGGAUUUGGUCAUAUAUAGAAGAAAGCCCUUCUGACUCAGUUAGAAAUGGUGAAUGUGAGUGUUGCAUAGUCCUCGCUGGUUCUUCUCCAAUUCUCAUGGGACGAUUACAAAAGUUAUACUGGGGCUUGGGUGCGAAUGAGGGGGAACAGGCAUCUGACCCUGUCCUCAAGGUAAGCUUAAAGGCUGAGGACCAGGAAGGAAGGGGAAGAAGAUGGAGAGGAAAUGGUUGUGUAGAGAGUGGGUUACUCCAAACCUGGUAUGUUUAGCCUGGAGAAGAGGAGACUGAGAGGAGAUAUGGUAGCCAUCUUAAAAUAUCUAAAGGGCUGUCACAUGGAGGAUGGGGGCAGGCUUGUUUUCUCCUGCUCUGGAGGGUAGGGCCCAAACCAAUGGCUUAAAGUUGCAAGAAAGGAGAUCCCAAAUAAAUGUCAGCAAGAACAUUCUGACAGUAAGAGUUGUUUGACAGUGGAAUGGACUCCCUCAGCAAAGGUUGGGUGGCCAUCUAUCAUGGAUGCUUUAGUUGGGAUUCCUGCAUUGCAGGGGGUCGGACUAGAUGACCAUUGGGCUCCCUUCCAACAUUUCUACAUUUCUAUGAUUCUGUGAACACCAAAGUGUGGCUUGAUGCUACAUAGAUGAGCCCUGUGUUCAUGCAUGUUCCCUCCUUCCUCCCCUCAUAUAUAUAUACAGUGGACACUCGGGUUAAGAACUUAAUUAGUUCCGGAGGUCCGUUCUUAACCUGAAACUGUUCUUAACCUGAAGCACCACUUUAGCUAAUGGGGCCUCCCACUGCCGCCGUGCCGCCAGAACACAAUUUGUGUUCUCAUCCUGAAGCAAAGUUCUUAAUCCGAGGUACUAUUUCUGGGUUAGCGGAGUCUGUAACCUGAAGCGUAUGUAACCCAAGGUACUACUGUAUUUUAAACAUUUCCCAACUCACUUCCAAAUGAACAACAAAUAAGCAUAGUUAGCCAUCUGUUCGGUGGGUGCACAGGCAGAGAUUCACACUACUGUUCAAGUGUGUUUCAUAACUAUAUGCUAACUUUAGUGUACUUUGUGAACUAUCCAAAGAAGGAUCACGAUGGAUAAAUGACUCUGUUUAACCUGUACCAUCACUUGCUGGCUGUCUUUGAGUAGAAAGGCAACUUAUUUUCCAUGGGUAGCAUAUACAAGAGGUUGAAUACCACCUACUUGAACACACAGAAUCAUCGAAUGGCAGAGUUGGAAGGGACCUUGAGGAUCAUCUAGUCCAACCCCCUGCAAUACAGGAAUAUGCAGCUGCCACAUACAGGGAUCAAACCUGCAAUGUUCUUAGGUGAAUGGUUUGCUGCUAAAUUAAAAGCGAGAUGGGGAAAUUGGAGCACUGCCAUGUGGACUCAGGGCUCAAUCACAGCACCAAAUCUGAACUGUCUGACAGUCCAGAUGAAAUUGGCCAGGAACCUUUUCACCAAACCAAUUCUUUCCCCCAAAGUGUUUAUUUUCCCUUGCUGACUUUCCUUUCCUCUCUGUGCUUAAAUCCUCCUUUGACUGCAUUUAUCCUAAAAUUGCAGCUUACCGGAAAUCAAUUGGAUUCAGAUGAGGACCAAGCUCUGGCCUCGCAAAGCUUUGUUAUUUAAUGGCACUCACAGCAUCAGAAGCAACUACAAAGCCCCAAGCGCCAAAUGAAGCAGUGCCUCUUAUGCUCCUGCCAUUAAACAGGGGAGAGAUGGGGAAUGCGCACAAUGUACAUUAAAGCAGAAGCUGUAAACAGCAUUGGAAUAAUUCAUCACUCGUGGUCUUGAUCUCAUACUCUGUGACUGUCAUUCCUUGUCCAGCUGCAUUGUGAAUUUUUUAAUGGCUUGCUUCCCCUCCACUGUUUUGCAUGGGAUGGGCUGAAGAGGCAAUAUUCAUCUAGAACUGAUUUUAUGCAGCACCUCUCUAAGGGGUCCUUGUGAACCUCUGUCCUGCUUCCACCAUCCCUUCCAUUGCCCCUUUACCCUUCUCUGCUGUUCAUGAGAGCCAUAGGCACUCCUGUCCUAGUUGCAGGUUUCCUUAGGGUGGGAUUCUCUUCAUAAAGAUGGCCACCAGCCAUCUUUCUCAUCAGAGGUGGAAGCCAGCAGGUACACUGGAUCUGCCCCAUCUUGGCUGCUCCCAAGAGCAGGACUCCAGUAUCACACCAAAGAAGUCGGCCAAGGCAGGUAAAUGCCAGGGCCCAGUGACCUACCUGUGUGAGUCUGUUGCUGAUUCCAAGCCCCUUGAGAGUCAUAGAAUCAUAGAGUUGGAAGAGACCACAAGGGCCAUCGAGUCCAACCCCCUGCCAAGCAGGAAACAAAGAGUGGCAGAUGGAUGUGAGUUCCUCACUGAUACCCAACUCCUCUGACCAUUGUGAAGGGCAAUGUGAAUGGACCUUGCAAACUCUAGAGCGGGAUACAUCUAGACCUGCCUUCACCAACUGGAUGCCCCCCAGGUGGUUUGGACUAAGGCCACACACACAGCAUACAUUUAAAGCAGAUGGCCACCCUCAAAGACUUCUGGGAUCUGUAGAACUAUAGAAUUGUGGAGUUGGAAGGGACCAUGAGGGUCAUCUAGUCCGACUCCCUGCAAUGCAGGAAUCUUUUUGCCCAGCAUGGGGCUCGAACCCACGACCUUGAAAUUAAGAGUCUCAUGUUCUACUGACUGAGCUGAGUACUUUGUGGAGGGGUAAGCUACAGUUCCCAAGAUUCUUUGGUGGAAGUCAUGUGUUUUCAGUGUGCUUUAAAUGUAUAUCAUGGAUGUGACUAUAGCUGCCAUGAGCUCCAGCCGACACACCAUGAUUUCCUGUUGAGCCUUAAAAGAGGCUCAGGUAGCAAUGUUAACAUGGAUAGAAGUGAUUUCUCCCCUUCAACCCUACCCUGCUUUCCCCCUCCUUUUAAAAAAUUAUCUCUGCAUAACCAAGGAAUGUAUAUUAUGAGAAUCAUUCAUAGUGUGCUUGCUUAUUAUGUUACUAUGUUGUAUACUGCCUUAUUUUGCUGUGAAGUGUCCCAGUGACCAUUUCUGGUGAAAAGCAGCAUAGAUAUCUCUAGAGAGAGAGAUGAUAGAUAGAUAGAUAGAUAGAUAGAUAGAUAGAUAAGAUAGAUUAAAGCAAGAUAUUGUAGAAGUUGUGAAAGUGAAAUGGUAGCAUUCCCAAGGCCCACACAGAAAAGGAUGGACAAUUUAGGAUGGCGCUCUGCGAGCCCCAUUUUUUUCCACCACCCUCAGGCCUCCCCUUCCCCUUCCCCACCUCACUGCCACCCUGAGCACUAGUCUAUUGAUCUUGGCAGCUUUCAAAUUGGUGUCUGGCGGUGCCUUAAGCCUCUGCUCUUUUCUCUGGGCCCAUGAAGGUGGCCUAAGGAUUAAUUAGAAAAGGUCAAUGCUAUAGAAACCACAGUGGUCCCGGUUCCCCCUCCCUCUAAUUCAAAAUCACGUUUAAAGCUCCAGAGAUCAAGGAGGACUGGUGCAGAGACACAGAAAAUUGCACAAUUAUUGGGGGGCUGCCAUCAGGCUCCGGCUAAAACGAAGGGGGUAGGGAAUGGUGGGGUAUCGCUUGUAUUUCGACAAAGAGCCUGGAGCUCUAGAAAUCCCUCGCAUUAUCCCAGCAGCGCCUCAAACCCUAUUAAAUUGCUGGAAAAGACUCUUUGAUUUGGGGAGGGCCGCCUGUCCAUUUUUGAAAUUAUUUUCUGAAGAAUCAGCCUCCCUCCGCUUUAAUGUCAAGGCAAUAAAGUGAAGCAGGUCAAAGGACUCCCUUCUCGUUCGAGGCAGAGCCAGACUGACAGCGCGCUAACUGUAUGGAGGGCAGAGACAGAUUUGCUGUUCCUGCUGAGCCAUUACCUCAGCUGACUCAGAGGGCCACAGAAUUUUAGGGCCAGGGGAGAUCUGAGGGGAAAGCUAAGACAGCCCCUUGAUCCUAUGGCCAGUCCUCUGCGGCUAUAGCAUGGCUUAUAUAUCAGAUCAGCGCUUAUCCAGAUUACGAGAGCUGUGUGGAGUGAGAACAGGACAAAAGGCCCAGUCUUGCUGCCUGUAGAAUGAGAAAUGAGGCGGGAGAUGGGGGUGCAUGUCGCUGUGGUUUUCGGAGCUGAAUGUGCUUGGUAAGAAGGGUCAGGAGUGCCAAAAUAUGGGGGGCAGCUAAACCCCAUCCCACAUAUUCAGUGACAAGACACGGUGCACACACACCAUUCAAUGACCACCAGCUUUUCAGGGGAGGGCAGCCAUCUCACAUCUGUUAUUGGGGGCCUCGGAGGGAUCUGGGCCUCUUGGAGUUGGCUGUGUCCAUGUCUGUGUUGUACACACAAGUCCCCACUUUCUUUGCUGGUAACAAGCUGCCUUUUGAGGGAUACUGUUAUUGUUUGGGGGGGCACAGUUGGCAUCAGCACCCAGAAUGCUUGCCAGGGGCCCAGCAGCCUUUUAGGGUCCACCCUGCCCCCCCCCCCAUUUAAAUGUAAUUCCCCAGCUUGGCAACUCCAGGCAGCAACAGGUAGCCAAAUCCAGCUGCCACUAGAAUUUCCCACAAUGCCUCCAUUGUGAAGGGAAAGGGGACCACUCUGAAUCACACCAGGUGGGUGCAGUCCUGAGGAGACCACAGAGGACAGCCAUUGCCAUUUCCUUCAUAGGGGUGGAAGGACACUAGCAACAUCCCUUCUCCCCUGAGAGGCUGCCAUCGAGGUGGCAUUCGGGUGGGGGGUUGCUAAGGAGGCAGCAGAACCUACCUCAAAGGAGCACACUGUAGAUGCAGGAGCUGCAGUGGGCGAGGCAUUUCUUGGAGGUCUGAUCUGCUGCCCCUGUGUGUCACCUUGCCUCACAAUUCUUUGACUCCAAGCUAUCCUUGCUUGUUUAUUUGUGCAUAAGGUCGGUGCUAUUUUCUACAAGAAAGAGUCACCUCAUGGCUGAGGUGGCCCAUCUUUUCGAGUCACAUUUGGAAUUUUGAGAAAGCGUUGUGGGUGCCAUGCACAAAAUGGCUGCCGCCGGGAUGUGGCUAAACACAAAAUGGCUGUUGUGGGGGCAUGGCAUAUCAUGAAAUGUAUAUUUGCUGAGACCUACAGGAAGUACCGGCGUUUCCAUGUGUUGCUCUGCUGAGCUGUAACCCAAGGUACCACUGUAUUAAAAAAAUUAAAAAAUACGUAUAAAGGUAUUUAUGUAGGUCUGCUUUGUAUGUACCUUGGUCAGUAAAGCAUGAGACUCUUAAUCUCAGGGUUGUGGGUUUGAACCCCCACAUUGGGCAAAAAGAUCCCUGAAUGGCAGGGGGUGGCCUAGUUGACCCUAAUACCUUCCAACUCAAUGAUUCUAAGUCUUAUAAUCUUCCAGAGAUGGGCAAGGAGCUCUGCACUCACUCAACAAAUAAGCUGGGCCCUUUGAGUGUGCUCCAUGCUAGUUGCAUGUGAAUGGAGCUAGAUUAGUACCUGUGUGUAUAACAUAUAAUAGGGACCCUGUCCUGCUUCUGGCGUUAAGGGGUUUCAGUAAGAAAGAGAAUAUAACCCUUGUUAGUGGAAAGAGUAGGGACGCGGGUGGCGCUGUGGGUUAAACCACAGAGCCUAGGACUUGCCAGAAGGUCAGCGGUUCGAAUCCCCACAACGGGGUGAGCUCCCAUUGCUCGGUCCCUGCUCCUGCCAACCUAGCAGUUCAAAAGCACCUCAAAGUGCAAGUAGAUAAAUAGGUACCACUCCGGUGGGAAGGUAAACAGCGUUUCCGUGCGCUGCUCUGGUUCGCCAGAAGCGGCUUAGUCAUUCUGGCCACAUGACCCGGAAGCUGUACGCCGGCUCCCUCGGUCAAUAAAGCGAGAUGAGCGCCGCAACCCAGAGUCGGCCAUGACUGGACCUAAUGGUCAGGGGUCCCUUUACCUUUACCUUUACAGGAAGUACCAGUGAGCACACUGGCACCUGCCUCACCAAGUUGUUGUGAUGAUUCAAGGGAGUCAGAUAUGUUUCCUUGAGGGCCUUGGAGGCCACACCUGCAAUCCCCUCUUCUAUACAGUGAUUAAAGGCACCUUAUUUGGUGCUGGUGUUAAUAGGAAUGGGGUGCAUUCAUGCAGUAGCUUUAAGCUAACUGCCUUUUCCUCUUUUUUUCUAGUGGGCAGCCAAUCCCCAGAGUGACAUACACCGAGGAAGAGAAGAGAACAUGGGGAACGGUCUUCAGGGAGCUGAAGACCCUGUAUCCCACCCACGCUUGUUAUGAACACAAUCAUGUUUUCCCUCUCCUGGAGAAAUACUGUGGCUAUGAAGAAGACAACAUCCCGCAGCUGGAAGAUGUCUCAAACUUCUUGAAAAGUAAGUAAAGGUGUGAAGAUCCAAUAUCCGACAUCGUCAACACAAUUGCUAUAACUGUGAUCCUAAUACAGUGGUACCUCGGGUUAAGAACUUAAUUCGUUCUGGAGGUCUGAAACUGUUCUUAACCUGAAGCACCACUUUAGCUAAUGGGGCCUCCUGCUGCCGCUGCGCCGCCGCUGCACGACUUCUCAUCCUGAAGCAAAGUUCUUAACCCGAGGUAAUAUUUCUGGGUUAGUGGAGUCUGUAACCUGAAGCGUAUGUAACCUGAAGCGUAUGUAACCCGAGGUACCACUGUAUUUGAAUGUACUAAGGCUGCAAUCCUAUCCACAUUAAAUCCAACGAUUCCCACAUUUCUGAAAAUUCAAUGGGAAUUAACUUCUGUGUAACCAUGCCUAGGAUUUUAUUGCAUAAAUGAUCCAUAAGUGAGAAGGGCUUUAGCUCAGUGGUAGAGCAUGUGGUUUGUACCCAAAAGGUCCCAGAUUCAAUCCUCAGCAUCUCUAGGAAGUAAUAAUAAUAAUAAUAAUAAAUUUUAUUUAUAUCCCGCCCUCCCCAGCCGAAGCCGGGCUCAGGGCGGCUAACAACAAUACCUUGGAGGACCUUGGAGAGACCUCUGUCUGAAAUCCUGGAGACCCCCUGCCGAUUGGUGUAGACCAGAGGUAGCCCAUGUGAUUCCCUCCAGAUGUUAUUGGACUACAACUCCCAUCAGCCUCAGCCAACACCACCAAUGCCCAGGGAUGAUGGGAGUUGUAGUCCAGCAACAUUUGGAGGGCACUACAUUGGCUUCCCCUGGUGCUGAGCUAGAUGGACCAAUGCUAAGACUCAGUAAAAGGCAGCUUCCUGCAUUUUGUACAAGUGCCAAAGUGAUUUCAACCAUCAAACCGAAGAAUUGUAGAGUUGGAAGGAGUCCCAAGGGUCAGCUAGUCCAACCCCCUGCAAUGCAGGAAUCUCAGCUAAUGCAUCCAUGGCAAAUGGCCACCCAACCAGUUUGUAAUGCAGAGCUCCGCUGUUCUUUAAAGGCUGCACUGGAUUCCGCCUGCGUCCUGUAGCUGGCCUGCUGUCUUCUCGAGAUUUUUUGGCUGGCUUGGCGUUCAGGGUGUUUCACUCUACUCAAUACAUCCGCCAUUCAUCGCGGCCAAUGUACACGCCAGAACCGUAAGUAAGCCAAUGAAGUGGAAGGCCACGUUUUGGUUUUUGUGGUUUGUUUGUUUUUUAAAUGUGCAUAGCACCUUAUGAAAUCAGGGUGGCCAAUAAAGGAAGAAAUAUAUCGGGUACAACAGAGGGGGCUGGUUUGCGUAACAUUUACAUGUGCUAAAUUUUAUGUAGAGAUGCAGGUUUAGAAAGAAUGGCUGUGAUUGAAAUAGAAGCACAACCCAUCUCACAGUAGUGGGAAAGGCUGGGGCCAGGUGAGGUGUGUACCUGCUCAGUCUGCGGUCCGGUUGCUGGCAGUGAUUGAUGGGCAACUUCAUGCCUUUUCUCCUUGUGUUCAAAGCGUGAACAGUGUUUUUCACACUCUUGAUCAAUUCAUACUGCUUUUCUUCUAGUGAUGUUUGCCACGAACUCCUAGGACAUGUCCCUCUGUUUGCUGAUCCCAGCUUUGCUCAGUUUUCUCAAGUAAGUAAAACCCUUUAAAAAAGAGAUGUCAACCGACAGACAACACCUUUCAGAAAAUAAUCAAAACGCAUCAUAUAGGAUCUAGAUAAACACAAACACUCCAGAUAUUGUUGCCAAAGGACUGAGCUUCUAGUAUUAAAACCAGCGCUGUUUUUCUAGAAAAAGAGGUGCUGGAACUCACUAUGAACACCUCCCUUGUUUUCUUAUAAUGGCAAUGGUGCUCACCUGAGAGGUGCGGGAACUGAGUUCUGGUGAGUUCUGGAUGAAAAAAAAAGCCCUGAUUAAGACUGAAAUCCAAUAUAGUACACACUUCCCCCAGGGGGAAACACAGCAAACUAACUUUUCAUUUGCUUCUGAAAUGAAAUGCUUUGUUUGUGGAUUGUGCCUUAAUAAACUUGCACAAUAUGUUCACUACUGAUUUUUGUGGUGGGUAUGCUCCUGAAUAGAGACUCAAACUAUCUUCUUUGAUUGUGUCACUUAGACUUAAAUCACAUUUUGCAUGACUGAGAUUCAGUAACAUUUCAGAAUUUAAAUUAGAUUUUUUUCAAAAAAUGAGUUUUUGCUCGAUCUUUAAAAGUUGCCUCAUUAAUGUUAUGUUGUUGUUAUCAUCAUUGUCACUGAUUUAUUAACCACCUGCUAUACAACCAUCUCAAGGCGAUGUACAUUGAAACCGUUAAAAACACAAGCCCUAUCAAUAGGAGAAACUUUCAGAAGGGGUAAGGCAGUCUCUCAGAUAACCUGGUCGUGAGCUGUAUAGGACCUUAUAUGUUAGUACCAACACCUUGAAUUUAGUUGUAAUGCUAUCAGCUAUGAGAACUACAUACUUUUACACUUUGAGUUUUCGUCUUCCUAAAACCCACCUACCUAUAUGAACGCAUAACGAUUCAUAAUCAGGAGGGGAGUGGUGGAAUUAUUCAUUAAUAACUAAGUAAGAAAGUCUCCUUAAUUUUUUUGCCCAAAUUAAUUUUGGCUCUUUUGCUUCCCACACAAAACAAACAAACAAACAAACUGGGGGUGGGGAAUGCUUUUUAGAAAAAAGAACAACUGAAAACAACCAUCUUUCUUUUUUAUAGGAAAUCGGAUUGGCUUCUCUGGGUGCUCCAGAUGAAUACAUUGAGAAACUUGCUACGGUAACUUUAGAAUUCAGGGGCCAUCCGCCCCCCCCCCCCAGUUUGAUCCAGCUCCAGAUUCAGAAUGACAGUUCCAGGCUCAGUGGGUGCAGAAUGCUCUUGAAAUCCCCCUGUAAAAUAAUAGUUUCAUUUUGUAGACAGAGAAAAUGUUUAAAAUAUGGACUAUUAUAUUGAUCUAGUUUAAGGCCAAAAUCUUAAACAAACAGAAAAUGCCAGGCAUUUGAACUCUGAGCCCUUCUGCAUGCAGAUCAGAACCUGAGAUCUGGGUCCUUUGGCCAGAUGUAGAGCAUGUGCUCUGUUGCUGCUGCGUGGCCUCUCUCUUCCGUCUCCUGUUAGUCAAUGUGGCGACUUCCAGAUGUUGCUAAACUACAAAUACCAUUAGCCCUAGCUAGCAUGGUUGAUGGCCAAAGAUGAUGAGAGUUGUAGUCCAGCAACUUCAGCAGAGCACCAUAUUGGUUAUGCCUGCCGUGGCUUAAAUGUGGCCUCUGUUCUUGCAGAGCCUGCCACUCUGAUUGCAAUAUACCGCAACCUGCGUAUUAGCAGUUGAUCUCUGGAAUGGACUUCUUCCUUCUACCUCGAUGAUGUUCUCAUUUGGGGGAUGGGCUUCAACAUUAGGAUUCCUUUAUCUUUAAUAAUUGCGCAGAGUUUUGGCAGGUCAUGCGUGUCCAUUCCCAGUGCUUUAGUCAUGGACAACUAAUUAUCCUUCCAUAUCCUGGUUGCAAAAUGGAAGUGGUGAUGAGCUGUCUGUUGGAAAGCAGAGGUUUGAGAAACCGCACCUGGCAGAAUACCUUCAUAUAUGAAAUGAUAAAGGUUCUGAACCCCCAAGUUUGAAAAUUUGGCCAUCCCUGUAGUUUUCCAUCAUGGUACCUGCCCACCCUUUAUUUGGCUCAUAGCCACAUUAAUGGGAUCAUCUGGGAGUUCAUGCACAAGAAAUAUAAUCUUUCCACUUUCCUUUAUGCCAGGUUUAUUGGUUUACUGUGGAAUUUGGACUGUGUAAAGAAGGCAAUGAGAUAAAGGCAUACGGAGCAGGGCUGCUGUCGUCAUUUGGAGAAUUACAGGUAUGAAUCCACAGUUGUUCCUAUUUCUGAAAAUCAAACCUUGUAUUUCAAUUUAAAAGUACGUAUAAAGGUAUUUAUGUAGGUCUGCUUUGUAUGUACCUUGGUCAUUAAAGCAUAAGACUCUUAAUCUCAGGGUUGUGGGUUUGAACCCCUACACUGGGCAAAAAGAUCCCUGAAUGGCAGGGGGUGAGCUAGAUGACCCUAAUUCCUUCCAACUCCAUGACUCUAAGUCUUAUAAUCUUUCAGAGAUGGGCAAGGAGCCCUGCACUCACUCAACAAAUAACUUGGGCCCUUUGAGUGUGCUCCAUGCUAGUUGCAUGUGAAUGGAGCUAGAUUAGGACCUGUGUGUAUAACAUAUAAUAGGGACCCUGUCCUGCUUCCGGCGUUAAGCGUUAUCAGUAAGAAAGAGAAUAUAGCCUUUGUUACUGGAAUGAGAGAGCAGGGCCUGCAACUAAACAUUGUAAUGAGAACAUCAGAAGAGCUGGAGGCUCCGCUAGGGGCGCCUUGGAAGAUGGCCGACAAUACCAUCUCUCCAGCUCACUCAAGGUAAUUAAGGGGCUGAUAUGGGAGUAAUUCAGCCUCCCGUUUUUCUCCUCGGUGUAAGGGGAGAUGCAGCCACGUCCGCGGUUGCCCAUAAAUCACCCCCGAGUUCGAAAGAAGGAGGGGGUGAGGGCACUGGACGGAAAGCCCUCGAGCGAGCUCGGAUCUCCCAGACGCUGUCUCCGAGAGCGAUCCUAGUUGCAUUUCUUAAGAUAAACAAUUGGAAAUAAGAAUCAUCACACAUGCUUCGAGCAAAGAAGGGUUUUUUUCAGCUGCUAAUUAAAUCUGCCACUGAGAAGUUAAGAGUGAUGGAGUGGACUGGAGAUAACAUCAAAGAAUAACAUCUAUGCCAGUAUGUUGAAACGGAAUGGAAAGGAGGGGGGGACUUUCUCUUUUCUUAUUAUGAUAUUACCUAACAACACCCCCCCCCCCCAGAAGAACCGUCAAAACGACCUAGAACAGAGAUUGGAAAAAUAACUGUGUGGAAAUGAAAAUAACAAGUAAAGCCUUUGUUUGUUGGAAUAUCUGGGAAGAAAAUAAAAGGCUCUCUAUGAUGCAGUUUUCAACCGGGAUCCGCCAUUAUGAGACAGACUAUGUUGCGAGAUUAAUAGCCAUAGGGGGAGGCAAGCCUUCACUCUGUUAUCAUGUUUGUACUCUAAGAUUCCAGGCAUAUCUCCUCUGGAAAGGCUAAUUUAUGGUGCAACUUGUCUGGGAAAAUUAAAGAGCAAACGCCUAGAUUCUAUUUCAUUGGAGCUGGUAAAAAAUGGUGUCUGCCACUCGAGGAAGACUUUUGGAUCCGCGUGUUAAGAUUUACUGCAAACAAAAGACUUACCAGUUCUAAAAGAAAAAGAAAACGGGAGAGCCUUAUAAAGUUCACACAGAAGUAUAAUAUUGUUUAUUUUAACUCGUCUGUGGAAACAACUCAGAGGCUAUUAAGAAGAAAAAGGAUAACAUCAAGAAGAAUGGAAGAUGGGACUGGUGAACAUUAAAAGCAGCACAAAUAUGAGAUGAUCAGACCCUACUGAACUCGAAGCAUGGGAACCCCCAACAAAAUUUAUAAUUUGGCAAAAUAUUUGGAUUUUAUGAUUUGUAUUGGUAUAAUUUGGAAUAAUUAAUGUGAUAUGAUUGGAUUGUUUAAUGGAAAACUUAAUAAAAAUUAUUAUAUAUAUAAAAAAAGAGAACAUCAGAAGAGCUUGCUGGAUGAUGCCACCAGGGGGCACACAUCUAGUCAAGCAUCCUGUUCUCACAGGGGCCAAGCAGAUGCCUACAUAAACAGGACUUGAGCACAACAGCACUCUCCCCUCCUACGAUUUCCAGCACCUGGAAUUCAAAAGUAUACUAUCUCCAACAGUGGCAAUAGAACAUGGCAAUCAGGGGCCCUCUCCUGUUUUUCUCUUCUAACGGUUGCUCUACAUUCCAUGGAUCUGAACACAAGAACCUAAGAAGAGCCUUACUGAAUCAGACCAAGGGCCCGUCUAGUCCAGCAUCUCGUCUGUCUGUUCUCACAGUGGCCAACCAGAUGCCUGUGAGAAACCUUUAUGCUGGGUGUGGGUUGGCUGCGAUUCUCAGCAACUGGUAUUCAGAGGCAUAAUGCCUCUAUCAGUAGAAGUAGAAUGAAGGCUGCUCAGUCCUGGGUAGACUGGUCCUUGUUUUUAUAAAGAUUUUUGUCUCCUUGUUUUGUUUUGUUUUGUUUUGUUCUGAUUUCUUGAACUUCUGUGAACCUCAGGCCUGCUGAUAUUUCCCUCCUGUUUGCUAACCAUCCUUGUGGCACUUACCACAAGGAGUUUGCUGCUAGAAAUAAUAAUUAGAGUUAAAAAGCUUGUCCUUCUGUUGUAUGACAGUAAUAAUAAUGAUACUAAUAUUUAUAAUAUAUUGGUCAUUUUAAUUUUAAUUGUAAACUGCUUCGAGGUUUUACCACAUGAAGGAAUAUAUAACCUAUCUGCUUUUUUUCUCUUUAGUAUUGCUUAUCAAACAAGCCUGCCAUUGAACCUCUCAAUUUGGAAAGGACAGCAGUUCAAAAAUAUCCUGUCACCGAAUUCCAGCCCAUUUACUAUGUUGCUGAAAGUUUCAAAGAUGCAAAGCAAAAGUUAAGGUAAUAAUUUUACCUCCAUUAGGAUUUGGUUGGAUCAUUCAGUGUCCCUCUGUGUGUGCAUAAUACAGAAAUUUCACAGAGGUCAGUGCUGCAUCUUGAAACUCACCUGCCAGACACCCUGGGAAUUAAAAACUUUUGUAUGAAAUGAAUAAAUCAACAUUUAUCUGUAGUUAAUCUAAACUGGUGUUAGAUAGAAAAUGCCACCUGGAAGAGUGGGGAAAGAACAUGUUGACUGGGGCUAGAAAUGUGAAGCUAUGGGCAGAAGGUAGAAUAGCAAAAUGAGAUGAAAAUAUACAAUGCAAUCAUAUGCAUGUGUACUCAGAGGUCAGACCUACUAAGUUCAGUGUUGCUUACUCUCAGGAGACUGGGUAUAAGAUAGGGCUGCCAUUCAUCCUGAUUUUCCAGGACAUGUCCUCGAAUUUGCCUCCAAAAAUGGCAUCCUGGAUUAUUUUUCAGAAAUCGGGCAUGUGUCCUGGAAAACCAGCAACGGGGGUUAAAUUGUACCGAAAAUGCCGUAAGAAGCUCCAAAACUCAAAAAAUGUUGUAGCUUUUACUUUAAAAAGCUCAACAAUUUUUGGGGUGUCCUGGUUUUUACUUUUUGAAAUACGGCAACCCCAGAUAGGAUUGCAAUCUUAAUCUUCCAUCCCAAAUCAAGGGAGGGGCCUUGAUCCCUUCUCAAGACAUGUGUCUCUGCGAAGGGCUUGCUCAGCUGAAGAGCAGGAUGCAAAUUAUUCACUCAAUCAGUAUAUUAAUCCAUAAACAAUGCAACAAAGUUUCUGUUUUCUCCUUUAGGAAAUAUGCCUCAACAAUUUCCCGUCCGUUCUCCGUCCGUUACAACCCGUACACUGAGCGGAUUGAAGUUCUGGACAACACAAAGCAGCUCAAGAAUUUAGCUGAUGCCAUCAGCAGUAAGUAACUGUAUUUUAAUAUACAACGAUUUUCCUUUGAAAAUACCCAAACCCUGAGUUCUUUAUGGGUCUGGCUCAGUGUCCACAGAGAACUCUUGCACAUCUGUUUUUGCCCCAUUAGUUUUAAUGGAGCCUACAGAUCCUGCUGCACACUAAGAGAUUUGCUGUGGUUCAGGGACUGGGAGUCAAAACAGGUCAUCUCAUUGCAGGGGACAAAUCUGCCUCACUGAACAAAACAUAGUUAGGUGCAGUGGAAAGCGCAUUGUGUAUGGAUGUGGUCUGAAGAAUUUCAUAAAGUGUUGAAACUCAGAGGUGGGGAUGAAAAAAGGGGAAUAAACAGCUGAUACUGCUGUAUCUUUUGCAUGAUUUUUUCCCCUGCACCAAUAUAUACAUGUUGAAAACCCUGCAUCAGUAAAAGCUUAAUGGCAUGUAGGUAUUUUCAGAGAAGUGGAAGGAGCUAACUCCUAGGGAAAUCUGUUCCACAGUCCAAAAAGUCUCUUGGGGAGUUUUAACUAAUAUUUCGCCAAAAUCCGGUUGCCUGCAAUGCCAAUCCCUAGCUCAAGCCUUGCCAUAUAUCUGUUUGCUGGGAUAUGGCAACAAAUCUGUAUGCCAGGAUACCACUACAAAUUUCAUUCAGUGCCAGAUUUCUGUAAUUUCCCAAGUUGAAUGGGCUAACAAAUGGAUUUUUUAACAGUGAAAUGAGGGCUAGACUUCUGCUAGAUUCCAGAUAGGGCUCAUUGGGGAGGAAGGGCAGGACAUAAAUGCAGCAAAGAGAUAAACAGAGUCAAGUAGGCUGCGCUCAUGCCUGAUGAUGCCGUUCUCCCUCCUUGUAAAUGCAAUGCUCUUCUUCAUCCUAUAUCACAUUAUCAACAACAUUCAUUGUUUUAAGACUUCUUGGGUGCCAGUACAUUCAGUUUGUGCCCUCUUGGCUCCUUCUGUUUGGCUGGCUUCUGCAGAGUGCAGGAUUUGGACUGAGGAGACCAAGAUUCAAAUCUAUGCAGAGCCACCUGUGUCACUGAGUCUACCUAGUGCCAUUGAGGUGAUAAAAUGGGAAUGACUCCAUUGUGCUCUACGGAUGAAGGGUUGCAUAUAAAACUGUAGCAAAAGAAAGAGCAAAACAGAAGACUGACUUCCUUAAUUUCUUUGCAGAUGAGUUGGGACUUCUUUGCAACGCUCUCCAGAAGAUCAAGUGAAGAUGCUCUCAGAUGCCUUUUGAUGGCUCCAAGAGCCAUGGGGGGACUGUACUGGACAGUGAAACAAAUAUCAAACUUUUAAAAAACAAAUGAAGAAAGUCUACCAAUAACUAAUAGCAUGUAGAAAUGUGUUACAUAUUUAAUGUGCUUGUCAUCGCAGUUAUAAUAAAGGCAGGUGAUAGUUUAGAUGUCUGUAAUCUCCAUUUAUAUCAUAUGGCACAUGCAAAAGGUCUCAGCAAGUUCCCCUGCAAAAAUCCACAGCCAUGAAUCUCAUGGGAAGUUUCAUGGGGGGGGGGUUGGCUCCAUAAGAGAAAUGGGAAGAGCUCUGAGAUAGAGUGGGACAACCUAGGAGAGGAUCCGAGCAGGAUGGGGGAGGUGAAACUGGGACCCUAGGAAGUGUCUGAGCCUGGGGAGGGGGCCAGUGGUCUAGGGAGCGGAGAGCUGGCUCCAGUGGCUGAGUGGGUUAACAGAAUAAUUUUUCCACCUUGUGCCAUUGGACACCCCUAGUACAUAAGAGCAUCCUGCUUGUUGGAUCAUCAGCAUCUUAGCAUGCACUUAGUCAUGCUAUACCUCUUAGGUACCUACUGCAUCUUAUAACUUGUGCCUCCCCUAUGGACCAAUCUGAUUUAUACAUUAAAGUCUUGGGUGGAAACACAGCUGGGAAUUUAAGUGGAUCUUUUGGCAGUGAAGCCCCAGACAUAUGCUGCCCAGAGUCCUUUGUUUUGUUGUUUAGGGUGCCACCCAUCUUCAUCCAGGAGUUCACAUGCAAAGCAUGGUGGGGGCUGUUCUCCAAAUUUAUUUUCCACCAUCCACCUUCAGGAUGCCUGUGAAUGCCGGUGAUUGGGCAUCGCAUGUGGGCAGAGCACUGUUGCGCUCAUGACCUCUCUGUGGGCUUCUGCUCAGCCACAGUGAGAGCAGGAUGCUGGACUAAAUGGGCUUCAGUCCCGACUCAGCAGGCUCUUCUUGUGUCCUUAACCUGUACGCAGCUUCAUGCAGUUUAUUUUUCUUUGAAAUGACAAUCAAUAAAUUGCUAGGUAAUACACAGCGAUAGCCUCACCUGCAACUUUUAUUUCUCUCAGCUUUUUCUGUUUAAAUUACUUGGCGUUCUUGUUUGUUUGUUUGUUUGUUUGUUUAUAUCAUCGUUUAAAGCUGUUUGCAAUGCUAUGCUAAAGCUGAUUAUGUGAUUUUGAACCAUCAAUAAAUUACAAUUUUU